CGACAAGUUAGCGUGUGAGAUCCCCCGCCGACGGGGAAACGCGGGCUGCGAAACGAAACGUGAACAUAUUUCGCUGUCAUGUUCUACGAUUAUAAAAACCCGGUUUUUCGAAUUCUUUCAAUAUCUUGUCGUGCUCUGACUCCAUUACUUGCCACUGACUUCUUCCAUUCUCCCCGGAUUCCGGAUAGUCGGCUGGAUACAUCACAUCCACACACUGCAGGGUUCAGAUGGGUAUCUCCCUCUCCGUGGUUUAAAACUACGGCGGCUUCUGGUUCCCACUGCCAUGUAUUCCAGAGAAACUCUAAUAGGUUGCAUCAAUCAACGACUCGAUCGGAUUUCUUCCAAGAGGAAACUAGACGAUUAUGGGCCCUGUGACGACGAUUUCUCUGAUUUAGUAGUAUCGGCGAGGAUGAAGAAAGAUGAAAUCAAUGCCGUUUAUUCGUCUGGAGUGGAGGAAAGCAGAUUAAGUCAUAGCCUCAAGGGGAACGAUGAUUACGGUGAUGCUAGAAAUGGGGUUUACCAUUCUCUGUCGGAGCCUUGCAGUAGUAGUUCGAGUGUGGGAGAAAUGGAAGGCUCGUCUUCGAGGUUGCAUUUUUUCGUCAGGAUGAUUUCGGGGGGAAAUACAAUUGUCAUACAUGCGAAUUCGGAGGACUCUGUCGAAUCUGUCCAUGAACAAAUUAGAAAAAUGACUGGGAUUCCAACGACCGAGCAAAGGUUGAUCUACCGAGGGAAGCAGCUCCAGUGGGAACAGUCGCUGGCCGAGUGUUCCAUCCAGAACGAUGCGGGGCUUCAGUUGGUCGGGCGUAUGAGGAGUACUGAGUAUCCUCGAACUUGGCAGGUAAUCAACGAUUUGGUUUCUUCUAUUUGUCGCCUGUGUCAAGGUGAUUCAAUCCGUUCCUCUCAAAACGUUAAAUCCCGCGUGAAUGAGUUCUUGUGUAUUACUCCGAGGGACGGCAGUGAGCUUACUUCGGGACAUCUUCAGAUAUUUAGGUCUUCCGGUGCCCCAACAGCUCUUGUCAUGCUCUUCCUUUCGCCCCUCAAAGGAAACAAGGAAUACGCGGAAGAGUCUAUUCGGCUCUUUCUUACUCCCAAUAUUGAGUUCUUACCAAAAUCUAUACAGUCCCGCUGCGCUCCCAUAGUGUUGGAAUUCUGCAAAUUGCUUAGUAAUACCGCCCGUGAUGAUCCGCUAUAUGUAUCAUGUCGAAAUACUCUAGCUUUUUUAUUGGAAAAUAUUGGAGUUGUGCAUGGGUCCGAGUACUUUGAUCACACGGAGGCAUCGGCUGUAAUCCGAGACUUCUCCCCCUUUGUAAAUGAGCUGGCGAAUAAGUUGUCAAUGGGUUUACAGUCAAGUAUCAACUCAUCCCCGUCCAUCGGGAUGUCUGUAAAUGAUGUCCGUGAAUUUUGUGCUUUCUUACUACCCUUGCGGAGAGCAAUUGAGGACCAGAUCAGUGAAGAGGAUUCCAUUCUUAAGCGUUUGGACGAGAUUGAAUUAUUGCAUGUUAAUUUCACUGAUUUGCUUGGGAAAAUUGAUCAAUGCCUCGAAAAAGUGGGAGGGUUUUUGGUUUCUAAUGGAACAGGGGAAAGUGAAAGCUGUAGACCUGUGUGGUCAACUUAUCUUGCUAUUCUUAAGGAACUGAACAGCAUUUCUAAACUUUAUCCCGGCGCUGAAGAAAAACUUUUCUCUGUCAUGAGGUCAAGGCGGUUUUCUUUGAAUGCUCUUAUUAGGUUUUCCAAGCGAAGUGAUGAGAAUUUUUGGCUUCUUAAGCAUAAGGAUGUGACUGAUUUUGAAUCUAGGAGGCAUUUGGUAAUGAUGUUGCUUCCUGAUAUAAAAGAUGAGUAUGAAGAGCUACAUGAGAUGCUUAUUGAUAGGUCACAGUUAUUGGCAGAAUCAUUUGAGUACAUAACUCAAGCAGAUGCUGAAGCAUUGCAUGGUGGCCUUUUCAUGGAGUUUAAAAAUGAGGAAGCCACAGGUCCUGGUGUCUUGCGGGAAUGGUUUUGCUUGGUUUGCCAAGAAUUAUUUAAUCCAAAAAAUGCCCUUUUUCUAGCAUGUCCAAAUGAUCGACGAAGGUUCUUUCCUAAUCCUGCAUCUAAUGUGGAUCCUAUGCAUCUUGAUUAUUUUAGCUUCUGUGGUCGGGUGAUUGCAUUAGCUUUGAUGCAUAAAGUGCAGGUAGGUGUUGUAUUUGAUCGUGUUUUUUUCUUGCAAUUAGCUGGGAAAUUUGUUUCUUUGGAAGAUGUGCGGGAUGCAGAUCCAUGCUUGUAUAGGAGCUGCAAAAAGAUUUUGGAGAUGGAUGCUGAUCUUUUGGAUUCAGAUGCUCUGGGGUUGACAUUUGUCAGUGAAGUUGAAGAGUUAGGUUCCAGGAGAGUGGUGGAGCUUUGUCCUGGAGGGAAGGGAAUUGUUGUGAAUAGCAGCAAUAGAGAGGAAUAUGUGUACCUUCUCAUUCAGCACCGUUUUGUCACAUCUAUCUCUGAACAAGUAGCUAAUUUUUCUCGAGGGUUUGCUGAUAUUCUUUCUCAUUCAAGUCUUCAAAAGUUAUUUUUCCAAAGUUUGGAGCUUGAAGAUCUUGAUCAGAUGCUGCAUGGAAGUGAGAAAGCCAUUUGUGUAAAGGACUGGAAAGCACAUACGGAAUACAAUGGUUAUAAGGAAACAGAACAUCAAAUCUGCUGGUUUUGGAAGGUUGUUGAGGAAAUGUCCGCAGAUCAGUUAAGGAUUCUUCUCUUCUUCUGGACCUCAUUGAAGUACCUUCCAGUAGAGGGCUUUGGUGGCUUGUCUUCUCGUCUCUACAUCUUUAAGACAUCAGAUUCUGAUGAUCGACUACCCUCAUCACACACAUGCUUUUAUCGGUUGUAUCUUCCUCCUUGUCCAUCUCUAGCAGUUAUGCAGGAUCGGCUUCGUAUCAUUACCCAGGAACAUGUUAGCUACAGCUUUGGUAUUUGGGCAUGCAAGAGGGUUCUACGUUUAUCUCUAGUGUUUUCUUUAAAGGUUGCAUUCUGAGUUCUCCCUUUGACAGUCGAAAGACGUAGUGAGCUUUUGUAUUAA